UGAGCACAGUAACGGUGACUGCUGUUCGUGGUUCUGUGGCUUGGCUGCCGUGUGAUAUAGGYGGUGGUAAUAACGAUGGUUUGCCAAAACAACCAACAAAAGUCACGUUGACUGGAGAUGGAGAGGAAAAUACCAAGGACUUGACCAAUACGAUCGAAGACCGAGCUUACAUGGUACUGUGGUUCAAACACCAUUCGACGACRAUCCGUCACCGGAAUAGUAAAUCAAAAAAUAAGAAAAUAUGGUCCGGAGGAAAACCUCUGUAUAGUUUUGACGUGCGUGGAAGACCGUUAGCUCACGCGUUGAAAUGGUCUUCGGACGAGGAGAGCGGAGGAUUCGGUCCCAGGGCGUCGUUUGUGGUGUUCGGCGGCGGCGUUAACAGUGGACGAGGAAAAUGGUCGAAACAGCGUACUUUGCUGUUGGACGACUACAACGGCGCCCUGUACGACAACAGUAGCAAAGCAGCGCUCAAAGUCACCAACGUGACAGAACAGGACGCAGGGGCUUACAGGUGCCGAGUAGAUUUUCGUGAUUCACCUACCCGAAACUAUCGAAUAAUCCUGCGAGUCAUAGUACCACCCGAUAAAAUGACAAUCGCUUAUAACGGGGUAGGAACGGAAAUCGACGGAGGAUCGCAUCACAUCAUCGGUCCAGUACCGGAAGGCGGUCGAUUAGUAUUGGAGUGCCGAGUUCAAGGAGGUAAACCCAAGCCACGGGUGCAGUGGUACUCCGUGRACGGCAAAGUCACAUCGUCGCUCGGUACGAGAAAAAUCAUGGAUCUGAUAGAGGAAGUAUCUUACGGAAACGAAAAUGACGACGAAGAAAUAACUACCAAAAGUCUUGUGAUUCAUCAGUUGAAUCGAAACCAUGCUAAUAGUACUUAUACGUGUCUGGCAGGAAACGACGACAACACCAUGCAAUCAAAUCUCCGAAUGACAGUGCUGAUAAACAUGUACCUGAAUGUGAAAAGUGUACGUAUUGUCGGCAUACAUCCAAUAGACGAAUCAGAGAACAUAGUUAAUUAUAACGAAGACAGUAAUAAUGACGGAUUUGUACAAGCAACAAAUCUUAUAUCUGGUAAGUGGUAUACAGGCGAAUGCUGGGCUGAGGGUGCGAGUCCUAAGGCUACGAUAGAAUGGUCCAUUGAUGGAAACGGCACCUUAGCUGACGAAAUACCUUCUUCUCCAACUACAACUCGUAUGACAGUAAUUGAACAAACCGAACAUAGCAGUAGGAUACGAUUGAGGCCUACGCCGAGUGACGAUGGUCGAUAUUUACGAUGCCGAGCUUGGAAUCCUGACAUUAAUACCACGAAAGAUAAUAUUAAAAAUAAAGCUUUAUUGCUUAACGUUCAAUAUCCGCCUAUAGUUAAAUUGAGUUUGGGCCACACAUUCGAUCCGAGUAGAAUCAAAACGGGAGACGACGUGUAUUUCGAAUGYAAAGUGUUGGAUGGCAGCGGGAGCAAAGGAAAACAACGUAAUCGCAUCGAAUGGUAUCACAACGGUCACCCAAUCUUGCAAAGCGGCAGCAACAACGGUAGCGUCAGCAUCGACUCGGAAAUCAAAGUCGUUCUUUUGAGCGCCGGCACUUUGGUCAUAAGGAACGUGGGCCGCCGACAUUCCGGUCGGUAUACGUGUCAGUGUAAUAACGACCUGGGAAUGGGACGGUCGCGACCGGUCACUCUCCGCGUCCAAUACGCUCCGGUAUGCGCGGAUGACGGAAAUCAACUGCAAUUGGUGGGCGUGGAAGCCAACGAAAAAAACGUCCACAUCGUUUGCCGGGUAAGAGCCGACCCGGCYGACGAACGUGUUCAAUUCGAGUGGCUCGUGUGGCCGGGCUCGGCGUCCACGGCCACCGGUGAGCUGCACCAGCAACAAUCGCCAAGCGUGGUGGCCACCGGAAGCUACGUCACCACCGCGCUGCCCAACCAGCGGAACGACACGGCCGUCGGUGAGCUUGUACUGCCAGCCAUGACAGUAGGCGUUCCGGACGUAGUACAGUACAUAGACAGAGCGCCGCACGUCAAGAAACCCAUCGUGCUGGACACGGUCAGCUGUCGGGCAACCAACGCAGUCGGCCGUCAGCAAAAUCCUUGUUUGUAUCACAUAAUACCAGCAUCUCCCCCCGGUCCGUUGACUGGCUGCGCGAUUCGAUUGCCCAAAGAUCAAGAACGCCACUCGGAAACCGGAAGUAGGCAUCACCAUCAGCAGCAUCAUCAUCAACGACGCACUUCGGUCGUUCACGAUGGCGUGGAAGACAAAGACUUUGCAACGAUAAGUUGUACAUUGGACAACGACGGCGGAGUUAGACCGGUGACUUACUCGUUGGAGAUUUACGAGAGCAAUGAUUUGACCACAACGUUUUACGGGUAUAUGUUAAUUACGAUAGUUAACCAUCAAUAA